CUUUUACCACCCUCUUUACGGCUGCACUACAUACCGGAAGUCGAGAGUGACGAGCAUUAGAAGUGUGAUUCUAAAGUAAAAUAGUUCAAGUUGUUAUUAUUCGAAGAGACGUGUGUAAGUUAUAAGCUGCAGCCAUGGCUAACAUGCUUGAGAAUCAGCUGCUUCAAGCAACCAAGGUCAUUGAAGGCCAGGUGGAUGCUGAGAUAGAAAAACUGGAAAAGAUGGACGAUGAUGAUUUUGAGGCUUUGAAGAGACGAAGAAUGGAAGCCAUGAGAAAAGGAGCCCAGCAGAAACAGGAAUGGCUGGCACAGGGUCAUGGUGAAUAUUCCGAAGUUGCAAAUGAAAAGGUUUUUGACGAGUGCAAAAAAAGCAAGAAAGUUGUAUGCCAUUUUUACAGGGAUAGCACAUUUCGCUGCAAGAUUGUGGACAAACAUUUACAAAUAAUAGCAAAGAAUCAUUUGGAAACCAAAUUCAUCAAAAUAAAUGCUGAAAAAUGUCAGUUCCUUGUGGAGCGUCUUCGUAUAAAAGUACUACCCACUUUGUGCAUUGCCAAGGAUGGCAAAACUGUGGACUACAUUGUUGGGUUUGCGGAUCUGGGUAAUAAAGAUGACUUCCCAACGGAGAUGUUGGAGUGGAGGCUGGGAUGUGCCGACAUCCUCAACUACCAGGGCGACCUAAUGAACCCACCAACUCAAGAUGGCAGCAGCAAGAAGAACAUCCUGCAUCAAAGCAAGGCAAAGAAGACCAUCCGUGGUGGGAACGAUGACAGCAGUGAUGAAGACUGGUGAAUGUUGUCAUAGUAACAGUCUGCCAUACAGACUUUGAAAAUGGUGCAGAACUUUGGAGACUCUGUGUUUUCUCAUUAUGCAGGGCUGAAAUGAAGCAUUUGUAACAUCAUAAUGGCAGGUUGGACAUUACAUAAGCGUCAUUACAUUCAUUAUUUGUAGUGAUGACGAGGCUAUGUUCAUGAAAGAUGUAAUCUGCUGCAUGACGAAUUAUUGUAUCUUAUCUUGGCUUUCAUCUUGGUAAGGUCAUCGGAUUUGGAACCAAACCAGUCAUUAAAUUUAUUUAUUCAUUGUAAUUAGUGUAAUCAAUUUUUCAGAAAGAAAGCUUUGCACAUCCACAAUGCUAUAUUUUGUUGGCUUUAUUGUUUAUUUCUAUGUUCUUACUCAAAUACAACAUGUAAAAUAUGAAAAUUAAAAAAACCCAUUACUACCUUAA